GAUGACUCUCUUUAUAGAUUUUAAGAUUUUGAUCUUUCUCGAACUCGAAAGUCACAUGGCUUAAGAAAGUUCUCGGGACCUCGCAGGCACCCGAGACUCGAAAAUGGCUCUUUUGAGCGUAAUCAUUUGGGGUAUGAACCAAGAGGAAGUUCAAAAUGUUCUAAAACAUAAAAGCGGUUCUCAAAAAGGAAAACAUGCGAAAUUUUAAGCAAAAAUGGCCCGAUAAUUCUCGGGUGUUUCGAGAAACGGGCGCCUGGUAUGAGCCUAAACUCGUCUCACGGAAACUCUGCCGUUCUCUCGUACCCAGCCCUUCUGAUCUCGCAGGUCACGAGACUAACAAGAUAACAAGAUGGCAGCUAAGUCGACGCGGUUUCCGUCUUUGCCGCGCAACAAUCUAUUCUGCUUUGUGUUCUGUCUAGGGACUUUUUUGGUAAAUGGCGAGUUGACUUGUGACAAAAUAGAUGUGUGCUCGUGUCGCAUGAGUGACGGUUCUGGAGUUAUUAGUUUGUGGGAAAUCGACGGGGGAACCUCUGCCAAGUUCAAAAACAUUCCUCAGAUAGGCAGCAGUUAUGUUUUCUCCUAUAACCCUUGUACUGCCAUCUCAGACAAAGGAUGCAAAAAUACUCAUCUCUGCCAGUCGGCAGUGGGUUCCCUAUACUCAUGCGGAACAAGUGAACCUAAAUUUUCAGUAGCCUCUGACAAAUCUGUUCAAAUGUUUUAUGAAGGAGUCAGUCAAGGCAGUUAUGAAAGAUCUGCUAAGAUUACACUCAAUUGUGACAAAUCAAAAUCACAUGGAUCAUUUGAUGACGGCAUCACAGAAACAACAACUAUAGCAUCUUCAGAAUAUAGUGGGACAUUAAAAACAAAAUGUGCAUGUCCUAAUGCAUGUAAAGUGCCAGUAAAUCCGACAGGAUCAUCCAGUCUCAGUGUUGGUAGCAUUAUUUUGAUUGUGUUCUUCCCAUUGGUGUUUCUAUACUUUGUCCUGGGUACGGUAAUCAAUAUAUAUGUGAGGAAAAAGGAAGGCAUGCCAGAUGUUAUCCCCUACAGCUCAUUUUGGUGUGAUCUUCCAUUCUUGAUAAAGGAUGGAGGCAUAUUUUUUUGUGGAAAGGUAAAGUUCUGCUGUCUCUCCUUGUGUGCUAAAUGCAGAGGAGAAUCAUACACUGAAAUUUAGUCUAAUCAUUGAGAUGCUAGAUGAUUCAACUAACAUUUUGAUAUUGUCAUAAUAGCAACCCAUAAUGCCUCAUCUGCAUAUCUGCAAUUUUCAUUUGGAAAUUUUUGUUUGAAACUGUAUUUGUGGAUGGGCUCCUGCUUUUCACCAUGAAUUCUAAGUUCUCACGUAUAAUAUCUAGUUAUUAUAUAGCUUCUAUGAAACCAAGGACUUGAAAACCAAAUAAGCAAGGCUUAAAGAGCCCUUGUCAGCCACGCCUUUGUUAUUGUUUUCAUUCAAUAUUGGAAGGCACAUAAUGUGCGAAAAUCUCGAAAUAACCAUCUCAAAACAAAGUUUAAUACUUUAUUUAGCAAAUCGAAUUGAAAAUAUCGCAUUUGCUUCCACAAAUCAGCCGAAUCACACUUUGCUCGGAUGACAAAAUGGCGGCUGGCAGAGGCUGUUUAAGAAUCCGCCUUCGCUUAUUGUUUGGUUAUUGUAAAGGUUUAAAUAAUUUUGUACAAAGCUUACUUUCAUUAACAAUCAAGACCGUACCCCGUUAAGAGGUGAAUUAGAACACCAUAGUCAUGAUUUCGAAUAAAGAAAUUUCUAGCAUUUCUAGCCCUCAAAUUUCAGAAAUAUUGUGCCAGUUAUAGUUAAGUUGCAUCCCCUAUAGCGAUUCUGCCACCAUCGCAAGUGUUUACUUCCGGCGGGCCGACGAAAGCCUCAACCGAUAAAAGAGAAAAAAAUCCGCGCUUUUUAUCAGGCCACAUUCGCUCUAAAUUAUCAGAGACACACAGUUUUUAAAAUUUUGAAAUAUUUUUCGCGUUUUCAGUUAAAAAUUAUCGAUAAUUGUAACGUAUUUGACCGGAGGUAAACAGGUGCGAUUGUCACUUUAAUCCUGGCUGUGUGUUGAUGAUUGUUGAUCUUUAUAUUCUAUUUUGUUAAUAAAAUGAGGACACGGACAA